AAUGCCGGUGUGAUUACAAGUGAUAUUCUGCGCUGAAAUCUCAUUAUCACCAAUCAUUUUUAUAUGGCUUCAUCUAGAUACUAAUUUCUCUUCUUCAAAAAGAUGGCAAAUGACUGGAUUCAUUGCAACGCGUGUUAUCGACAGCCAACUCAGGGUGUUGUCUACCUUUUAUCAAGCUGUGGGCACAUUGUUUGUCAGACUUGUUCUACAGCAUCUGAAACAGGAAACGAGGGUCCAGAGAAGCCUUGUCCAGUUUGUCAUAAAAAAUGCGCGAUUGCUGAAAUCAACAGAAAACUGCGCCCCGAACUUCAGAUCCUUUUUCGUAACCCGAAAGAAGUUGCAACACAAUAUAUGAAAAAUCUCUCGCAAGUCUUGGAAUUUCAAGGAACGAACAGAAAUAGGCUCGCUAAGCAUAUCGCUGAAAAGGAGAAGAAAGCUGUAAAGUAUGCUAGCUUGGCUCGCGACGAGAUCAAGAAGAGAAUUGACAUUGAAAAAAAAGCAGUAGAAGAACAUACGCGGCUGAAACAUGAGCUGGAUAUGGAGCGAUUCCGCUGCCGUACUCUUGAAGCGAAGCUCGCUGAACAUGAAAAGCAACUCGAAGAACUAAAGAAGAAUGUGAAUAUGGCCGGACCAAUCGUUCGUUCCGAUUCGGGUAUCGAUGCAGAGAUGGACAUUGACAGCAACAUUUCCUUCUUGAACGUAGCCACGAGCACUCCAAUCCAAAAAUGCAGCCCCCUCAAUCGUUUCACAUCUACUGGGCAUAGAAAUCGUAACCAUAUUGCGGAAAUGUUCCUUGGUGGUGCUGACGAUGUUCUCUCACCGAUUACAUUCCCACCUAACCAGCUCCUGACAACUCCAGCUAUGCUGGGAAUAAAACAAAAGGGUCACAGGCGAAGCAGCUCCGCAAAUGAGCGGCAGCCAUCAGGUGGCAAUAGGUUCGACGGCAAUAGGUUCGACUUCCAUUCCAGUGGAGGAAAAAGCACCAACUGCUUUGGCUUGUCGAAAACCUGAUUUUCAGCAGAAAAUUCUUUCUGAUACUGUGAAUAUCAUUUCAUUUCUUUUGGAGUACUCUAGUUAAUCAGUGUUUGGCUAAUAUCUCAUUCCGUUGAUAACGCCGUUAACUCUUCCAAAUUUUUUUCAAAAGCAAAAUGUUGGCUUCACAAAUUAUUAGAGUGGCGGAGUUGUUUGAGCAUGUUGUUGUGGUUUUUUCUAUAGUUUAUUACUUCCAAAGAGCCUAUUCUAUACAUGGUGAUCAGUUACAAUUCAAAUUGAUCUUAUUGUUGGAUUGAGUUGAACGUUAAAACUAUAAUAACACUAAGGUGUUUGAUUUAGUUCUUGUUCCUUUACUUUU